AUGAAUAAACCAUAUAAUUACUUAUUCAAAUUCAUCAUUGUAGGAGACACAAGUAAACAUUCUAAACUAUUAAAGAGGCGUUGGAAAGAGUUGCCUUCUACUCCAAUAUGUUGAUAAAAAAUUUAGAACAGACCAUGAAGCCACCAUUGGGGUUGAAUUUGGGGCUAAGCAAAUGAUUAUCAAAUCUAAAGUAAUCAAAAUUCAAAUCUGGGAUACAGCUGGUCAAGAAUCAUUCAGAUCCAUAACUAGAUCAUAUUACAGAGGGUAUUCCAGUAUAAAAAGCAUUAGUUCUAUUGGUGCCAUAUUAGUCUAUGAUGUUACAAGAAGAGAAACCUUUGAAAAUGCUACUAUUUGGGUUAAUGAAAUCAAGAAAUAUGGCAACGAUAACAUCGUGAUAAUUCUUGUUGCCAAUAAAACAGAUUUAAGUGAUAUGUACAAUUUAAUAUAUAUGUAAGUCGGAAAGUAUCAGAAGACGAAGCUAAAGAAAUGGCAAAAUAAAAUGGCUUAGAAUACAUCGAAGUUUGUGCUAAAUAGAAUUACAAGGUUGAUGAGGCAUUUUAAAUAAUUACUGAGAAAAUAUACAAGAAAAUUGAGUUAAACUAAAUUGAUCUAUCUAACGAAGUAAAAAUAUAAAUGACUAUUUAGAAAUGCGGAGUUAAAUUAGGUUCUAAAGGUAGUUUCAUUGAAGAUAAUUAGUAAGAAGAAAAAAAGAGGUAAUCACUAUGUUGUUGACAACCUUUUAUUCAUUUAUAUAUAUAUAAAUUUUAUUAUC